AUGAAUAAAGCCAAUAUACUCCAAAUUGACAGAAACAUAAAAAUCACCUUGCUCGUUGAAUUAAGCAUCGGGAUCUCAGCUAACAGUAUCCUUAUCUUUGCCCACCUCUGCAUGUUCCUUAGAGACAACAGGCCUAAGCUCAUUGACGUCUACAUUGCUUUCUUGUCCCUAACCCAAUUAUUGCUGCUUAUAACUAUGGGAUUCAUAGCUAUGGACAUUUUUAUGUCUCAGGGGAGAUGGGAUUCUACCAUAUGCCAUUCCCUUAUCUAUUUGCACAGGCUUCUGAGGGGCCUCACCCUUUGUGCUACCUGUCUGCUGAAUGUCCUUUGGACCAUCACUCUUAGUCCUAGAAGCUCCUAUUUAAUGAAGUUUAAACAUAAAUCUCCCCAUCACAUCUCAGGUGCCUUUCUUUUCCUCUGUGUCCUCUAUAUGUCUUUUAGUGGUUACUUCUUAAUAUCAUUUACUGCUACACCCAAUUUGUCCUCAGAUAAUUUUAUGUAUGUUACUCAGUCAUGUUCACUUUUACCAAUGACUUAUUCCAGAAAAAGCAUGUUUUCCACACCGAUAGCCAUCAGGGAAGCCUUUCUCAUCUGUCUCAUGGCCCUGUCCAGUGGGUACAUGGUAUCUCUCUUAUGGAGGCACAAGAAUCAGGCCCAACGUCUUCACAGCACCAGACUUUCCCCCAAAGCAUCCCCAGAGCAAAGGGCCACCAGGACCAUCCUGCUGCUCAUGAGCCUCUUUGUGGUUCUCUACAUUUUGGACACUGUUAUCUUCCACUCAAGGAUGAAAUUCAAAAAUUCCUCAGUAUUGUACUGUGUUCAAAUUAUUGUGUCUCAUAGCUAUGCCACAGCCAGCCCUUUUGUGUUUAUCUGUACUGAAAAACAGAUAAUUAACUUUUUGAGGUCAAUGUGUGGCAGAAUAGUAAAUACUUGA